ACGUUUUCGCAGUGAAUGCAGGGAAAUAUUUCAACUUUCAACAUGGCGUCGAACCCAUCUGUGUUUUUGUUGAUGGUGACCGGACAGAUUGAAACUGGCGACUUUCCCAGUAUCAGUGAUGAUCUUUAUGUCAAAUUUAAUUAUGUAUAUGGGCAAGAUUGGGUGACAACUGCGGGUCUUGAAGAAGGAACUUCUCAGACAAGUAAAAAGAGCCAAGAUGAUCGUAGUCUGUAUGCCUGGAAUUUUCCACUUGAUGUCACUUUUAAGAGCACCAAUCCUUUUGGUUGGCCCCAGCUAGUGAUAAACAUUCAUGGUCAAGAUGUAUUUGGUACUGCAGUAGUACGGGGUUAUGGUGCUGUUCAUCUUCCAAUCUCACCAGGAAGACAUGUACGACAUAUGCCCAUGUUUGUUCCAGAGUCUUCAUCACAUUUCCAGAAAUUUACAAGUUGGGCCAUGAGUAGGAGACCAGAGUUCAGAGACCACAACACUGUAGCGAGGAGUGAAGGAAGGGAAGUUACAAGAGUCAAGUCACAAGGCUCCGUUCGAGUGACUUUCAAUGUAGUAUCACGUGAUAUGAAGAAGCUUGGCUAUGAUGUAGUACCGUCCACACUGUCCAUUCCAAGUGCCGCAACGGCUUCUGCGAUGGCAUCAAACCCUACCACUGGCGCUGGAGCUGCAGCAGUGCCAACAGCCAAUGUAUUUGCCAUGAAAACUUCAUAGCACAGUAGCUGUUUCCGCAAACCUGUUUUUGCGUGUUUUUUUUACUGAAACUAUUUAUACUUAAAUCAGGUGUACAGUCGAUGGUUUUGUAAAAAUUAUUUAAAAAUCAUACUUUUGUAAUUAUCGAUGAAAUUUAUAGCAUAAAAUAAACUUAAAUAAGUUUUAAAUGAGUAUUUAGAAUCAGUUUGCUCAGUAGGAUUAUAUCUUGUAAUUUUGAUCUUCUUGAUUUUAGUUUAAUUGUCAUCAAGAUAUUGUACACUAAUGAAGGGGAUAUUAGUUCAACAUUUGACUAAUUUUUGCUCAAAAUAUCUUUUUAUGGAAUACCCGGUAGAGUUGUUGGGGAGAAAACUAAAUUCGUGUUUUCAAGGAAAUGGGUAUUGUUACCUUUUAUGUUUGGUGGCAUCCAUAAUUGUUAAGAGAAGGUUAUUGAAAUAAUUUGUUUCGCAUUUAUUCAUACUUGAAAUAAACAGUUUAACAGCAGUAUUUUUAAUAAAUCGUCCAGACUGUUGUUAUAAACCAUCAAACACUUAAUUUAGUCUUUUUCUUUUUAAAGAUAUUUUGCAUGUAAGAUAAUCCGGGCUUACCUGGACAGUUAACCCAAUCAUGAAAUGCUUCUCUGAUUCAGGAUUAUCUGUUGAUUUCCCUCAGGCUUGCCACUCACCACUUCAUGAUGGUUGUUAAGCUGAUUGUUGUAACUAAAAUGUUGAAUUUGUAUUCAUCCAUCGGUUUUCCCAAUAGGGAUUACCAUGUGAAAUUCACUAUACAUAGUCAUUACAUGCUCACACAUCUCCAUGUAAUCAAAAGUGUGUUUAUAUGAGGUCAUUAUUUUCGCAAUCAACAGUUGCAAUCAACAAUGAUUGCAAUCAACAAUUGCAAAACUAGUUUGUCAAAUAUAGUGCACCAACUGAAGGUGAUCUGUGUAGAUGAAUGUGCAAUAUGCAUGGUGAUAUCACAGGCUGGAAUUUUUCUUUCUAAUCUUCUCCAAAUAGACAUAAUCUUCUUGAUCACCAAUAUUCAGUGUGUGAAGUUCAGGUGUGCAUUCAGAAAACAGCCCACAACAACUGAUCCCAUAGCUGAACAAAUGUGAUUAAUAAACAUUUUGAAGAAAAAAACUGUUCAAGGGUGGGGUUCGAUCAUAACGUAAAUAACGUUGAACAUUUUAUGUUGAUGUCAUUCGUGAAUGUAUGCAUUUAUACUGUUGAGCUUAGCAUGUUCAUUAGUUGUACAUUCAAAUAUCAGUACCAAACUGUUGAUUAGUGGUGAAUGUCUAUAUACAGCUUCUAAAGAGAAUUUGUAAUUAUGUUAACAAUUGUAUACAUCAGUAUGUAUCAAAGCCAUUACAAAUUUGUUAGUUUAUCAUAUCCCAAAUGCUUGUUUUUUUCUUAAAGUUACACAGAUGUUGUUUUAGAUGACCAAUUACUCAAAUGCACUGUAAUAAUUCAGAUUAGUUUGUAUUAAUAAAUCACAUUUGUCA